AUGGUGACUCUUUGCACCGUGAGGCGCUCCAGCGGCCGCAGCUUUAAAGGUGGACUGACUCUGUGGCUGAUUCUGUGGCUGGUGGUGGUGAAGUCGGGCGGGGUAUCUGCAUGUCCCAGGCUGUGUGUGUGUUACCCAACGCCCAUGACGGUCAGCUGCCAGUCCCAGAACCUGACCAUAGUGCCGGCCGGUGUGCCAUAUGACUCACAACGUGUUUUCCUGCAGAACAACCGCAUCACAGAACUGCGUGCGGACUCUUUUGGCUUCGAGACACAGGUGCUUUGGCUAUAUGGCAACAACAUCACAUGGAUCGAGGCCGGGGCCUUCAGUAACCUCAGGGUGCUGGAGGAGCUGGAUCUGGGCGAUAACCCGCUACAGCGCUUAGAAGGUGGAGCCUUCAGGGGCUUGGAGAAGCUGCAGAGCCUGCACAUGCAUCGCUGCAAGCUGGCCACUCUCCCCCAUGACCUCUUCCUCAAGCUCUACAGCCUGCAGUUCCUCUACCUGCAGGAGAAUCAGCUCCACUUUCUGCAGGAUGACCUGUUCUCAGAUCUGGUUAACCUGAACCACCUCUUCCUGCAUGGAAACCGGAUCCGUGCCCUCUCUGAGAAUGUGUUCAGAGGCCUGGUCAACCUCGACCGCCUCCUUCUCCAUGACAACCGUGUCAGGCAGGUCAACCGUCGGGCUUUCCGUGACCUGGGCCGCCUGACCAUCCUGUACCUGUUCAACAACUCCCUGGCCGAGCUGCCUGGCCAGGCCAUGAAAGACACCCAGGGCAUCCAGUUCCUCCGCCUCAAUGAUAACCCCUGGUCCUGCGGCUGUGAGGCCCGUCCCCUUUGGGAGUGGUUCCGCAAGGCCCGCAUCUCCUCCUCUGACCUCAUGUGCACCUCACCAUCCCAACGUCGCGGCCAGGACCUCAGAUUCCUCCGGGAGAUGGACUUCGCCCUCUGCCCUGUGCCUGACCCCGGCUCUCUUGCAGGAACCAGCACAACCACCUUCAGCACCAAGACCCGCUGGUGGUUCUCCAAGCACAAGCCCGCAUCUUCAUCAAAGUCCUCGUACCAGAAGAGCACUGACACAGUGAAAGCCUUCCCCUUCUCCGGGGGUAAGCCUCAGUACAUCCCCAAAACACCCUCGGAAACCUUCCCCUCCAAGUAUGAACUGUCAGACGAUGAGGUGGCACUCCCCAAGGUGGACCAAGAAGAAUACUGGGCCAACUACGGAAACGAAGACUCCUCCAUGCCCUGCUUCGAGCUAGAGUGCCCCCCAGGCUAUAACAACCCAGCCUUCCCCUCGUCGUCCUCCUUACCCAGCACCCCAUCCCUCCUCCACCUCCUCUCCCUCUCCCUCUCCAUAGUCACAUUCUCCUUCUAUUUCCUCUUUGGCUGA